AGACAACCGCGAAGAUACGUAAUCAUCACAUAAACUAAGUGCUCUUUCGAGAAGAUAGUCGUAAGCUGGAACCAAAAAUAAAAAUGAAAUUGUUCGUGGUCUUCGCCUUGGUCGCGGCUGCUCUCGCCGCUCCCCAGCAAUACCCACAGGAUGUUCAGGUCGUCCGAUAUGAGCUGAACAAUGGCAGCCCGGACGCUUACAACUUUGCAUGGGAGCUGUCAGAUGGAAGCAAGCAUCAAGAACAAGGUCAGCUGAAGAACCAAGGAACAGAAAAUGAAGCUAUCUCCGUGCAGGGCCAGUACGCGUGGGUGGGCCCUGACGGAGUGACGUACAUAGUGUCUUACAUUGCUGAUGAGAACGGCUUCCAACCCACCAUCGAGCAAGGCCCUGGAGGCGCCGUCCCGGCCGGCGUCAUCGCCUCUCUCGUUGGUUAAAUCAAUACCUCAACUUUGGCAGUAACGCCAUCAUGUAAAUAGUACAAAUUAAUGAAUGUGUAUAUGUUACGGUUAAUGUGAUAAAUUGAAAAUUAUUAAUAAUAACCGGUUAUUAUGAAUAAUUACCGACAGUCGCGGUAAAAGUGAUAAAUUAAUCACAUUUAACAGUGAUUAUUUAAUAUUUCAACCUUAGUACUAACAAAUUUCAUAAAAGAGAACAACAUCUUGUGUACGUGCUCGUGUACAGCCAAACUUUAGAACGUUUUGAUAUCAUAUAUUAUUGUAAUUUGGCAUAAUGAGAUUGGAAUAUUACUUUUCCAUAAUGCCUAUAACAUAAUGUUUUGAUUUAAAGUGAAAAAUAGGUUAAGGUGCGGCGGGGGUGGCCCUUGGGCCACCCCUAAGCCGCCUAUUUAGUUUUAUACACACAUAAAUGACCUCAUAUUAAUCACAUUCACCAAAUCAUGCGGUAAUUAUUCAUAAUAACCGGCGAUUAUUCAUAAUUUUCACAUUUAUCACUUUGACCGUAACAUAUAUAAUAUUUAUAUACUGAUUCAUUAGAAUAAUUAAUUAUACGUUUAUUUAAAAGA